AUUUUGAUUUGACGUUCUGGCAGUGGCACAAACAAAACGUGUAUGUGUUGAGGUUAUGAAGUGAUCAAAAUAAUUGGUUUUUACGCAUCAUUUUAAAGAAUUCAACAGUAAAAUAGCAGGUUCACGACGGCAAUGGAUGAAUUAGUAGUCGGCACUUACGAAGGCUUCUUGCUCGGUUACUCAAUUCGUACAGAAGAUGCGGUAACAAAACUGAAGCAAACGUUUGCAACUCAUUCGCAUACUGCAUCAGUACGAUGCAUGUCUAUUGGAGGCAAGUUCCUCGCCUCUGGUGGCACGGAUGAUAAAGUAGUUGUUAUCGAUAUGAAAACUCGUAAAGAACACACGGUUCUCAUGAAUCACGAUGGUACAAUAAAUACUGUUGCAUUCACUAAUGGUGGCACGCAUCUGCUAACAGGCAGUGAUGAUGGUUCCAUAAUAGUUACUAGAACAGGCAACUGGCAAAUAGAAAAGAUAUGGAAAAAAGCUCAUGGAGGUCAGCCAGUGACUGCAAUUGCAGUACAUCCAUCUGAUAAACUUGCUCUCAGUGUUGGUGGUGACAAAACAUUAAGAACAUGGAACUUGAUCAAGGGUCGGCCAGCUUUCACAAUCAAUCUUGCUAGUAAAGGAGUCCUAUUACCAACAGAAAUCAAGUUUUCACCAGGAGGUGAUAGAUUUUCACUAGUCUCACAACAAACAGUUGAUGUGUGGACAAUCAGUAAGGCGGGAGUAGAAAAACGAAUCACUUGUAACUCAAAACCAACAUCUGUACAAUGGUUAACAGAUGAAAGGUUAUUUGUAGGACUAGAAAAUGGUAAUAUAAUCACACUGACUGUCUCUGAUACUCAAGCUCUGACAUACAAGGCACACAAACAGAGGGUAAAAUCAUUGCAUUAUGAAAAUGAAAUUCUGUAUUCUGCAUCUAGUUCAGGGGAAUUGAAAGUUUGGUCUGUAGAUGAUUCAACACUGGAUGAAUUAUGUUCCUGCAAUGCUGCAUGUCGAGUGACUUGUGUUACAUUGAAUAGACAAAGCCAUCUUAUCAAGAAGGAAGAGAAGUCUGAUGAGGAAGAGGAAACUGAAGAUAAAGCUGCAAGUGAAGAGAAUGAUGAUUCAGAUGAAGCGGAGGAAGUCACAUCACCCCCCAAAAGGAAACCUGGUGCUUUUGUUACUAUUAGCUAUGGGGAUGAUGACAAAGACAAUGAUGAAAAGGAUGGGGAAAUUAAACCACCACCAGCAAAGAAAUUCAAGAAACGAAAACGCAACAAAAAGCCCAAAAAUAAAACCCCAGCUAAUUAAAUAUAUGUUUCAAUUGGA